AUGGAAGAAAAUGUGCUUAGAUUAACUAAUUUAAAAUAAUUAUCAUCAUCAAUAAAAUAAUUCAAAAUCUAAAUCAAAUCAGAACUUGGAAAAUUGCUUCAAUUAAUUGAUCAAUAAAUGGAAUAAAUCCAAAUCGAAAUUGAAACAAAAGAAUCAAAGUUAGAAAUCAAAAAUUACGACGAGGAAAUUCAAAUUCUAUCGAAAAAUCAUAUAGGAAAUUUUAAUUACAAUAUACCAAAACCACAAACUUACAAGGAAAAAGACUUAGCUCUUAUUUAAUUAAUCCAGGAAUCAAUUGAAUCUUAGUCCAAAUCAUAAAAUUUUAUCUAAAUUAUGGAAUCCAUAAAUUUAAUAAGAUCUAGUGAAUCAAUUAAUCAAUAAGCAAGUAUUAACCAAAUACCUACAAAAGAAUUUGAUUAACAUAAAACUCCUUGUCUUAAUUAGAUAUGUAAUAAGCAUAACAAAGAAAUAAUUAUGAUAAAUAUUAAUUAUAACGAACCUAAAUUUGGUCGAUUAGCUUGUGUGGAAUGUAUUCAAGAAAAUCCGAUAUAAUACGUUAGCUUAAAAGAGGCGAAUAACAUGUGGAAUACCUUUAUUGGAUAAUCAGAAGAUUUAAUUUCUAAACAUAAUUGUAGAAGAGAAUAAAUGUUUAAAUAGGUAAUAGAAGAAAUUAAAUAACUAAAAGAUAAUUAUAACCACUCAUUAUCAGAAAUGUUAUCUUCUAUAGAUGAACAGUUUGCAAAAAAUAAUUAAGAGAUUUAAGAUUUCCUUAAAUAAGAGAAUAAAUAAAUAUUUGAAUUAGAUGAAAAAUCAGUUGAAAUGAUGAUUGACUUAUUAAGCUAAUAAGAUAAAAAUAAACAUAUACUUUAGCAAUAAGAUAAACAAGAUAGACUUGAUUAAUUAUUUUAUCAGAAUGUCAAAUCAAAAUUAGAAACCCUUAUCAAACAUGAUUUACUUUGCAAAUAGUAAUUGAUGGUGAUUUUAUAAGAAUAGCAAAAUACUAAAAACAUAGGAAAUAAUGUUCAAACUGAUAUUAAAAUUAGUCCUGAAAUAAAUGAAUUUAUGUCUAAAUGUUAACUUCAGGAAUAAUACUUAAAAAUAUUUACUGAAUCAGCUAAUUUUAAAAAAGAAUUAUAGAAAGAAGCGUCUCAACUUGAGUAAAAUGGCGUUCUUUAAUAAUAUAUUGUAUUGGAAGAAAAAAAUGAUACUGAAGAUUCUAAAUGUAAUAUAUUUAAAUAAAAAUAUAAAUAAUAUGAAAUAAAUACAGAAAAAAUGAGGAAAUUGAUAGAAGAUGAUGAAAAUGAGAAAUAAUUAAUGUUGAUUAAAAAAUAAAAAGAAGAUUUGAAAAUAAAAAUUGAUGGGAAAAAAUUGUUGAGUU